AGGGCACAAAAACAGCGCGUAGAACACACCGCCCAGCUUCGAGCCGUGAUGGAGCGUGUGUUCUGUGUCGGCUUUUCUCCUUUUCUACAGAAACGCCUGUUAGGACAUCUUAGAUAGUCGAUCCUCAUAGACUGGUAUUUUUACGCAUGUACAUAGAAGUAGCGUAUUAUUUCGCUCUCUCUUUUUUUGUUUGUAGGGGUUGCCGAGUCUCUUCAGCAUUGUUUUCUUUUUGGUUUAGCGUGGCGUGUUGAAUUGAAAGCGUUCAAGCAUCCCCUGCAAGAAGAAGUGGAGUUUUGAAGAAGCUUCUCUUCGUGGUGGCUGUGCGGCGCCUGGGCAACGAUGACGACUCCGAUCCUUCUCGGCAAGGCGGAGUUGCUCGCGUGGGCGGCAGACGUGACCGGCAUCACCCCCUGCGAGAAGUAUGGCGACCUGAAAGACGGACUCGUUUAUCUCGCCCUCGCACGUGAGCUUUUUCCACAGGACAUCGACAGCGCUAUUGUGCGCCUGCAACGCCGUGGGGCGCGCGACCCCGCGAAAAACUGGUCGCUGCUCACCAGCUGCCUGCGACGCCAUCGCAUCCCUCUUCACUUGUGCAACCGGCAAGCCGUCGAGCGCGGCCACACGCGUCAUUGCUUUAACCUCCUGGUUCUUUUCUAUUUCCUACAGCGGCUUUCACACGGGGAUCAGUUUUCGGUUGACUUCGCACAGCCGGUGGAUCCACAGCUGGCGGCCUUCCUGCAAUCACCAGACAGCGUCGUUGCCGUUACCAGCACUGCCACGGCUUCGGAGGCAAUCGCCAACAGCAGCGAGAGAGAGCAGACAGAAGAAGUAGAAAGACAAGCCGGGGGGCGGAUGUCCAGCAGUGGCCGUGUCGUGACGCGACUGUCGACAUCCCCGUCAGCGUCCAGACUCCCCCCUUUCACUCAGCAGCCACCACACUCUUCCUUUAUCGCAGGCGUUGCCUCCUCCCAAGCGGCGAUGGCGCACGCUACGCACACUGCAAAGCCUGACUCCUCUGAGCACCGUCCUGCGGAAGCCGCCUCGUCUUUCUCGCAGGGUUCCCCUGGAGUACACCCACACGCGACCUUCACGGCAGGACUGAUCUAUUCGCAUGCCAAGGAACGAAACGGAGAGACGACGUCAGACAGCGGCGGUCAUCAACGGGGAGUACCGUCGUAUCGCGACGCUUCACGUUUUCGCUCCAAUGUGGCGCUGGAAUCACAUCCGACCGGAGACCUCGCCGUUGAGGCCGCACCCCCCACACUGCUGCAGUCCUCUUCCUCGUCGUCGUCGCUGCGGACGGAAAAUCGACUGCUGCGGGAGGAACUGCUGUACGUGAAGGCGGUGGGGCAGCUCCUCCUCACGCAGCAGCGUGGAUCGGAGGCGGCUGCGGAGAUGCGAGCCGCCGCCACGCUGCAGAGCGAGCUAGCGAAGGCCGAACUGAAGCACCUCUACGACCUACGACAGCUGGAGGUGGCCCUGACGUCCUCUUCGCCCGCCUCUCUACUUUCAACGUACAACGGACGUGAUGAGGAUUCGCGGUUGGCUGCUGCCGAGCAUCGUGCCGCGGUCGCCGAGCAAACAGCGGCGCAGCUAUACGAAGAGAUGCAGGAAAACCACCAAACCUACGACACGACGCUGCGGCAGCUACAGCAGGUUUUCCACUCCAUCGAGGCCAUCACCGAAGCUGCACGGCCGGCGGCAUCGACCUCGUCCUCGGUGUCAACCGGCGCUGCGGCGUACGAGGAGGCCGUGGCAGAUGUCAUGAUGGCACAGCUGAGAUGCGUGCCCGCCGUGCCGCGGGAAGCCUUUCGAGCGCAGCUGCGGGCGUUGCUGUUGACGUUGAACACGUUGCGUGUACGCAGCGAACGCCUACGCAUGGAGGAAGGUGCCACAGCGGUUUGCUAUGGAAAAGAAGAAGACAACGCGGAAGACACCGACCCGUCGACCUCCGCGCCCAAGACGCGGUACUCCAGUAUUCCACCGGACAUCUCGUCGCUGUGCGAAGAAGCUCGCUACCUCUCCCAAACCGCCGACCCAGCGGUGCAGCACACUUGUCUUGACCUUGUACAGGCGGUAGAGGGGCUUCACGCCCAACUUGAGAAUGAGCAGCACGACGUAGAGGAAUGGCAGCGGCGGUGUCGUAGGAUGGAAGUGAUCGCUGCGUCUGCGGAAGUUGCGCUACAGCGAGCGCGUGCUACACCUGCGGAACGGCGUGAGCAGGACCUCGUGGACGGCUCCGCCACCAAGUUCAACACGCAAGGGGACGCGACCCAUUCUAUUCUACCGUAUCGCCAGGAGCAGGCUGCAGCAGCGCUACAGGAGGCGCAACGCCUAUACGAUCGUGUAGCGGAGGUGCUUACACGCGCCUUCUCGACCCCCGGCACAGAAGACAUGAAAUGGGCGAGUCAGCAGCUGAUAUCGCUGUUCGACGCAUUUGUGCAGCGGACGCAGCAACGUGUUGCGAUGGAGACGGCCCUGGCGGAGCAGUGUGAGUCAAUUGCAUUGCUGCGAAAAGAGGUGCGCCAACAACGCGAGGCGCUGGACAGCGCAAAGGCGGACUUGACAAAGUCGCAGCUUCAACGAGGUGAGCUGGAACAGCGUUGUGCUAGACUGGAGAAGCAAUUGCGCUUACAGAAAGUACAGCCCUGUGAUGAAGAGCACGAUGCAGAGGUGCAGCAGGGCAGUAGGCAGCGCGCAUGGUUAGAUCGAAACUCGCCGUCCGUGAUGUCGGCUCCCUUACCAAAAGCAUCUUUCUCAAUCCCAGCUACGCAUGUACGCGCGAACCUCUCUUCUGCUGUCCGCAUCCGCAACACAGCUCCUACACCUGUGCCGGAGAGCAACGUCAGCGCGCUCUGUCCGACAUCGUCUCCGCGCGUUCUCUCGCCGUACGAGCCCGGUGCCCUACGCUCUCCAAGUCCAUCUAGCUCUGACGAUGAAAACCGACAACUAGGGCAACCAACGCGUGUAGAGGAUCGCAGCGACGGCAACUACCGUGAUUCGUUACAGGCGCCGUCGCUUCUGUCUUCCCAGCCGCAAGUGACGAAGACCACAGCUCUGAGAGUCGCAAGCGGAAGGCAGAUUUCUUUUACGGACGACGUGAUGCCGUUGCCCAAAGCAGCAGCAACCCCCUUUACCGCUAUGGCUGCAGAGAAGAAGUCCAUUUCGGCCGCCGCUGCUGCUGCUUCUCCGUCGCCUCUGCUUUCCGCUGCAGAGUUGGAGCGGCGCAAGCAAGAAAUUCUGCGGAGAUACAACGUGGAGUGA